AGAUUCAGAUUUAAGUGACAUUUCAUUUAUAGAGAGGCAUAUCUGAAUCACCAUGUUUAUUGAUUGAUUUUAAUUGAAAGAUGGUUGAACAGGGAUGAACCAGAUAAACAAAUUUGGAUUCCACAAUAUGAGGAAACAGCUAGUAUACCAGGAGAUACAGGAGAAACCUUCAAUCAGAACCUCAUUGCUAUGAGAGCUAGUACCUGGCUCCAAGUUCUAGGAUAUACAGGAAACCUUACUCAUCUUGUAGAAAGGUUUAGAUCCCUUGGUUCUCUGGAUCCGAUAUCUACCUGGUAUUAUGAUCAGAGGAUUACAACCUACGCUAUUCUCAAGUCAGGGCUCUGUACAGUUCCAGAGAAAAGCGGACUUUGGAACAUGCCAGGUUUGCAGUACGCAGAAAUAGAUGAUAACGCCACAUGCUUCCAUGGAAAGGGGUAUAGAGACUGCAAUAAAGAUAUACAUAUUGUCUAUCAGGGCUGUAAAUGGUAUCAUUUCUACCCCAACGAGAAGUUUGAUGCUCAUCUAGAGAAGUUUAGAGAACUUACAAAUAAUGAAAUAAAGUUAGAAAUACAAACAUUAACCUAGAUUACAGUUGAUUUAAAUAUUUUUACAGUGUACUAUUAUUUAACUUGAAUCUGUGAUUGUGAGAAUGAAACUUGUGUAUCUUAAAGGAACUGCAGACGUAAUUUCAAUUUAAAAUGUGGCAUAUCAGAGUGUCUCUAUGUGACUUGCGGAUUUAGCUUCAGAGAAAAAUAGACGAUUCCGUCAGAAUGUGACACUUUUUAAGUAAGAAAAACGACGAUAUUUUCCAGAUCAUAGAUCAGAUAAUCGAAGAUGCUCCUCAUUUAAUCAAGGUUCGCUUGAAUUUACAACAAAAUUCCUUACUUGUGACUUUAUGCCUGAGUUGGUUUCAUACCUCCCUUGUUACUGUUUAACCUUAAACGUUGAAUACCUCUUUACAGGAUGAGAUUAUCUAAACUAUUUAAAUAUAACUAUACCAAGUCUAAAUUAGGCCUUUUGUCCUGAAUGGGAUAGUUAAAUAACUUAUUUAAUGAUUUGGCAAAGAAAGAAAUAACCUUUCCGAGGUCGAACGGAUCCUUUACUUAAUCUGAUUCUCUUGUCUAACUUUUUGGCUUUUCACCCUUUUCAUGUCAAAAAUGUUUCUUAAACAAAAUAUAUCGAUUUUUAAAAACAAUUUAGCUCAAGUGUCAAAUAUCUGGGGAAAAAAAACCUUACAAAGGACUGUUAGUCUUAACAGAUAAAACAUUAUUUUUGUUUAAAAACAAUUCGAAGUCAAUGAUGUCCUGUUAUUAAAUAAAAUAAUUGUUUUCAUUUUACAAGGUUAAACAAUUCUUUUUAAAAUUCUAGAUUUGUUUCUGAGCUCAAUUAUAUGUGUGAGAAAGAGAACAGCCUAAAAACAAUUUAACAAUAUUUGGAAAAAAUAUGUCACAUAUUUUUCAGUUUGAUUUAUGUGCUUAAUAUUGAAUAAUUUCAAGUAGAAUUCCCUUCAAAAUAUUUAAAAUAUCAAGACAGAUUUUUUUCAGUUAUAUCGUAGCAAUCCCCAUAUUUGAUAACCUGAACAUACCUAGAUAUAUUACGUUGUACAUUGUCAGUAAAUCUAAACACGCUGAUCAUUAACUAGCAAAACUUGUAAAGCGAUUAAUCUAGCCUAGCUAUGUACGUAAUUACAUUAAAGCCUGUAUUGUGAUAAACUUUUCACUACGUCAGUGAAUAGAUUAACUAUGCUUAUAUAUAUCUGCGCUAACCUGUAACAUAGAUAUCUUAAUACACGUCAGUUGGAAUAGACUCCGCUUUGAUUAAAGUGCGAGAGUAAUUUCUUCUUGGUUAGCG